AUGUUGCUUCUGCUCACUAGUCAAGCUUCUCAAUGCAUCCAUGGAAUUACAAUGGUGCUAUUAAAUCAAAUCAUCAAUUUUCUCCUAUUGCUACGGCUGGUGAGUUGUGGCGAUCUAUUGGAAGGCAAAAAACUGGAAUUGAGAUGGCCUGCUCCCAAUUUCAGGACUAGUUUUGGCCUAUCAAACCCUUGGGACGACCAUGAUACUUUUGCUUUGCUACAGCUGAAGACACAACAACUACCACCAAUAAUAACAAACCCUGACGAAAAUCAAACUACUAUACUACCGGGUGAUAUUCCAGAUUAUGUGCUAAAUUUCGCUCCGCUAGUUCAUUUAUAUUCGGAGGAAAGAUACCUACCAUACGAUAUCAAUAAAUUUGUGUCACAUCUCUAUUUGCAAUUUGGAAAUGGCACAAACCUAACCACACAUGCUGAUUUACCAUUAAAUUUAUCUCGUCUUGCUGAUUUUGCGCAAUACUCUACAGAAGAACAGGUAUUCAUGACGAGCUUAGAAGAUUAUUCGGUUGAUCCGGAAUGGAUCACUGGAAAGCACAACAAGCCUCGGUAUGAAAAUGGCGAGAUCACUGAUGCCCCAGCUGUGUUGAUUGUUGUUGAUAAAGGCAAUGGUUGGGUAGACUCUUAUUGGUUCUACUUUUAUUCAUUUAAUCUAGGACCAUUUGUCAUGGGUUGUGGUCCAUAUGGUAAUCACGUUGGUGAUUGGGAGCAUUCCCUUGUGCGUUUUUACGACGGCACACCGACCCAUGUUUGGAUGAGCGCUCAUGGAGGGGGUAAUGGCUAUAAAUUUGACGCGGUUGAAAAAUUUGGUGAAUUUGACCAAGGUGAGUGGCAUAAUCAUCCAAAUAGCAGAAGAAAUAAUGGAACCAAAAACCAACGCCCAGUUAUUUUCAGUGCCAGGGGUACGCAUGCAAAUUAUGCUUCAGUUGGUCAACACGCGCAUGAUUUACCUUACUCCAUAUUGUCGGAUUUUACUGAUAGGGGCCCAUUGUGGGAUCCGGCAAUGAACUAUCUUGCGUAUACUUGGGAUGGAGUUAAUUUGGUUCCUUCACUAAACAAGACUUCUAGAAUAACCAAUAACACCGAUUUUAUUUAUAAAUACAAUAACAGGGAAAGAGAAUAUGGACCUUGGUUAUUCUUCAUGGGACAAUGGGGCGAUAAAAAGAUGGAUCCUAAAGACCCUAGACAAGUUUGGUCUCCUUGGGAGUACAAAUACAUUGAUGGUCCAAGAGGACCUUUAGCGAAAAACCUACUUAGAGAAAAUAUUUGUCAACGAUCUAAAUGGUGGAACUUCUGGGAUGGCUGCACCGUGAGAAAUCAUUUGAAUAUGGGAAGUGGCAUUGAAAGUGAGGGGGCCAAUACUUGUAUUACAAUUUCUAAUAAAAUUUCCAAUCCGAUAAUAAGACUAAUAUUCUCCUGGAUUUCUUACGGCGGAUGGAUUUGUUUUAUCGUUGAUAAUUUUUGGGCAUAA